CUUAGAACUCGGCCGAGUCGUCUCGGAGACACCACGGUGCUAUUGGCCUCGCACCCACCUGCGUUCUCCCCCUACUCCCCCUCUCCUUCCCCAAUCCUAACCCUAAAUUUUGCGUCUCCUCCAAUCCAUCCAUCCAUCCGCCAUGACGAAUCACAACAGCAAGAAGCGCAGGCGACCCCUGAAGACCAAGAAAAGUAAGAAGAAACCCCCGGCGCUGCGGCCGCAGAACGCGAACCCCGCCCAAGACGACGAUCCCGUCCUCUUCGGCGGCACCACCGACGAGGACCGACCCUCUGCCGCUCCCAACUCCGAAGUGAUCCAGGACCUCCUCGAGCUCUGCACCAAGGAGCAGCUGAUCGGCUUCCACGUUGACGCCGCUGCCACCGACUCCGACCUCCCCGCCUGCAUCCGCGCCGCAGCCGACCGCGACGUCUCUCACCGCAAGGUCUUCGUCCACGGCCUCGGCUGGGACGCCACCCGCGACGCCCUCCUCGAGGCCUUCGGCACCUACGGCCCCGUCGAAGACUGCAACGUCGUAAUCGACAGAGCCACCGGCUGCGCCAAGGGCUACGGCUUCGUCCUCUUCCGCACCCGCGCCGGCGCCGUCAAGGCCCUCAAGCAGCCGCAGAAGAGGAUCAGGAACCGACCCGUGUUCUGCCAGUUCGCUGCAGUCGGCCCCGCCUCGACCGGAGACACGGCCGGGAGGAAGGUUUACGUGAGCAACGUGCCCGCGAACGCAACCCUGGAUAAACUGAGGUCGUUCUUCUCUCGUUUCGGCGAGAUCGAGGCGGUGCCUUCUGGUUUCGACAUGCUCACGGGGAAGUGGAAGGGUUAUGCCAUCUUUCUCUACAAGAAACUGGAGGGAGCCAGGAAGGCGCUCGAGGAGCCCUACAAGGUGUUCGAGGGCCACCGGCUGCACUGUCAGCCGGCUGCCGAGCCUUCCCAAAGAGGGAAAGCACCAGCUCCGUCCACCAACACUGCUUCCUCGGUCGCUUUGUUGGGACCGGCCCUGCAGCCGGUGCUGGCGGCCGUGGCGGCUACGCAGAAUCUUAUGUUGUACCGCCAGAACCCCGCAUACGCGGCACUGCUGGGGCGUAAUCCGCUUCUGGCAGCCGCGGCCCUCGAUCCUGCUGCAGCUGCAGCGCUUAACCCAGCGGCGGGAGCAGGAUUGCUUUCGCCUCCGGGACAGGGACUGAGGGGAGGGGGUUGGCAAGCGGAGCUCCUUCGCUCCUUGGGCCGUAUUGUCACGAACGGUCGUCGCGCACCCGCAACAACUCCGUUCAACGAACCGUUCGUCGCUCACACCCACAUGUACAGCUGCUUGACAGCAUGUUUUCUCAUGGUUUUGGGUCAUUUUGCUGUAAAUAUGUAAGUUCGAACCAGCUGCAGUGUUGCAAAAGCGAUCGCUCACCGAACCGAGCAAAACAGCCCCAAAACAGCCCAAAACGGCUCCGUUUUCGCGUGCCGCGGGAGGUGAGCGGAGUGCUGCCUCCGCUCACCAAAAUGUCAGCCAUCUCAGCACCCAGGAACCCCCCGGGUGGCACAUGGCUGGAUGGGGCUUCGGUUAUAUACCGGGCGUUGAACACUCUUUCGCAAGUUCGCACGUGACCUUUACGGGAACUUGGUGUUGCGCCUGGGACCAGGUGAGCGGCUGUUUGUGGGCUUGCAGCUGUUCGUUCAUCCUUGAAAGCCUUGUUUUCCUCCCUCUCCCUCUUUUCUCUUGUGCACACAAGGUGUUCGACGAUUUGCUUGUAAAGCUUCCCUUUUCGCGAGACUUCGGGACUUGUCCGUUGCUCGUUCUUUCGAUCUAACUUUCUUUCUCUUUUACAGGUC